AGCAAGGAAGGAGACGAAGUCGGAGAGAGGGAGAGGUGUGAGCAAAUUUGGCGCUCCUUCGCAAACUCUCCGUCUUAUGACAAAAAAGAUUGGGAGAAAGUUCCACCAGGAAAAAAACUGUCAAAAAUCCCAGAUCAAGAAGAACAGGGACUUGUUCGAAACAAGCAGAAGAGGCCCUGAUUUGACGAAGAAGAAGAUGGCGGGGAAUGAUAUCAGCUGGGAUGAGAUCAAGAACGAGAACAUCGACCUCGAGAAAAUUCCGAUUGAGGAGGUGUUGAGGCUUCUGAAAUGUUCAAAGGAAGGUCUGACGAGCGAGGAGGGCCAAAGGCGGCUCGAGAUCUUCGGCCCCAACAAGCUCGAAGAGAAAAAGGAAAGCAAGCUUCUGAAGUUCUUAGGGUUCAUGUGGAACCCUCUCUCAUGGGUCAUGGAGAUCGCCGCUAUAAUGGCAAUCUGUUUGGCCAAUGGAGGAGGCAGGCCACCAGAUUGGCAAGAUUUCAUAGGCAUCGUAGUUCUGUUGUUCGUCAACUCUACCAUAAGUUUCAUCGAAGAGAACAAUGCCGGGAACGCAGCUGCCGCCUUGAUGGCCGGUCUAGCCCCGAAAACAAAGCUCCUGAGAGAUGGAAAAUGGAGCGAGCAAGAUGCGGCGAUUUUGGUACCUGGAGACAUAAUCAGCAUCAAGUUAGGUGACAUCAUCCCGGCUGACAGUCGUCUCUUAGACGGAGAUCCUCUCAAGGUUGAUCAAUCUGCACUCACUGGCGAAUCUCUUCCCGUGACCAAACACCCAAGUCAAGAAGUUUACUCGGGUUCCACCUGCAAACAAGGAGAGAUCGAAGCUAUUGUUAUUGCAACCGGUGUUCAUACCUUCUUCGGAAAAGCAGCUCACCUUGUCGACAGCACCAAUCAAGAAGGGCAUUUCCAGAAGGUGUUGACAGCAAUUGGGAACUUCUGCAUUUGCUCUAUAGCAAUAGGUAUGCUAGUUGAGAUCGUUGUGAUGUACCCGAUUCAGCGCCGUGCGUAUAGAGAUGGAAUCGACAACCUUUUAGUGCUUCUCAUCGGAGGAAUCCCAAUUGCGAUGCCGACCGUUUUGUCAGUCACCAUGGCCAUUGGCUCUCACCGGCUUUCUCAACAAGGGGCUAUCACAAAGAGGAUGACGGCUAUCGAAGAGAUGGCCGGAAUGGAUGUCUUAUGCAGUGACAAGACUGGAACUCUGACACUUAACAAGCUUACAGUUGACAAGAGCAUGGUUGAGGUGUUUGUCAAGGACUUGGACAAGGACCAGCUGAUUGUUCAUGCGGCAAGAGCCUCUAGGGUUGAAAACCAGGAUGCCAUUGAUGCUUGCAUUGUCGGGAUGCUUGGAGAUCCCAAAGAGGCAAGAGAUGGCAUUGAGGAAGUUCAUUUCUUCCCUUUCAACCCAGUGGACAAGCGUACAGCCAUCACUUACAUCGACUCCAAUGGAGAUUGGUACCGUGUCAGUAAAGGUGCACCAGAGCAGAUAAUUGAGCUCUGCAACCUUCGGGAGGAUGCAAAGAAGAGAUCUCACGCCAUCAUCGACAAGUUUGCUGAUAGAGGACUACGGUCUCUUGCAGUUGGCAAACAAGCAAUCCCGGACAAAGACAAGAAUGGCCCGGGAGGACCAUGGCAGUUUCUUGGUCUCUUGCCUCUCUUUGACCCUCCAAGACAUGACAGUGCUGAGACAAUCAAGCGUGCCCUAGACCUCGGGGUCAAUGUCAAGAUGAUCACUGGUGACCAGCUUGCCAUUGGGAAAGAAACUGGCCGCAGGCUUGGUAUGGGUACCAACAUGUAUCCUUCUUCUGCGCUUCUAGGACAGCACAAGGAUGAAAGUGUAACUGACCUUCCUGUUGAUGAGCUAAUUGAGAAGGCUGAUGGAUUCGCCGGUGUUUUUCCUGAACACAAGUACGAGAUCGUGAAGAGGCUCCAGGAGAGGAAGCACAUAUGUGGAAUGACUGGUGACGGAGUGAACGAUGCUCCGGCUCUCAAGAAAGCUGACAUUGGAAUAGCUGUUGCCGAUGCGACUGAUGCAGCCAGAAGUGCAUCAGACAUAGUACUAACCGAGCCAGGGCUCAGCGUCAUAAUCAGCGCUGUCCUAACCAGUAGAGCCAUCUUCCAAAGAAUGAAGAACUACACUAUAUACGCUGUUUCCAUCACUAUCCGUAUUGUGUUGGGCUUUCUACUGCUCGCACUCAUAUGGAAGUUUGAUUUCGCGCCUUUCAUGGUUCUGAUCAUCGCAAUCCUGAACGAUGGAACCAUCAUGACCAUUUCCAAGGACAGGGUGAAGCCCUCUCCCCUUCCCGAUUCAUGGAAACUCAGAGAGAUAUUCGCCACUGGGGUUGUCCUCGGCACUUACCUGGCAGUGAUGACUGUAGUCUUCUUCUGGCUUGCAGAUAGCACUGAUUUCUUCUCUGAAAAGUUUGGGGUUAAAUCAAUCAGCAAGAAGGAGCAUGAGCUAACGGCAGCUAUCUACCUCCAAGUUAGUAUUGUCAGCCAAGCACUCAUCUUCGUCACUCGAUCCCGUAGCUGGUCAUAUAUUGAACGUCCAGGGCUCUUGCUAGUCAUCGCCUUCCUUAUAGCCCAAUUGAUCGCAACGAUCAUAGCUGUGUAUGCAAACUGGGACUUUGCGAGAAUCAAAGGUAUCGGGUGGGGAUGGGCAGGAGUCAUCUGGCUCUACAGUUUGGUGUUCUACAUCCCACUCGACAUCCUCAAGUUCAUCAUCCGAUAUUCACUGAGUGGUCGAGCCUGGGACAAUGUCAUCGAGAACAAGACCGCUUUCACAUCAAAGAAAGACUAUGGGAAGGGGGAGAGAGAAGCACAAUGGGCUCAAGCUCAACGUACCCUUCAUGGCUUGCAGACAGCUCAGAACUCGGAAUCUAUCUUCAACGAAAAGAGCAGUUACAGAGAGCUGUCUGAACUUGCAGACCAAGCCAAGAGACGUGCUGAAGUCGCAAGGUUAAGGGAGCUGCAUACAUUGAAGGGUCACGUUGAAUCAGUGGUGAAGAACAAGGGACUUGACAUAGACACUAUCCAGCAACACUACACUGUAUAAUUCAGAACAAGUUUCUCAGUUAGAUUAGAAAGCAAGAGUGUUGAAUAAAACCUCCCCUAGUACAAAGGGUGCUGCAGAAGAAGAACAUGUUUCUUUGUUUGGCAGUGGCUCCCAUGCGGCUACUUAGUAUUUUGAGAUAUUCUUGUUUUUAAUUUCAGUAAUAAGAUUCAACCAUUGUUUAGAAGUU